CCUUUUAUGUUCGAUCACCAGUGGUGUCACUGCUCUCUCGCUCUCUCGCUCGCUCUUCUGAAAGUAGAAUAAAGCUACGCCUUCGACAUGGACUUGGCACCAACUACUAUUACGCACUCCUUCUCUCAGUCCAUUAUAUAAAACCUCUCCAAACCUCAAUUUUUCCUCUAUAAUUCCAUUUUGUCCAAAUUCUUCUCUGUUCUCUGCUAUUUUGUCCCUACUUGAAAAUGGGUUACGGAAGGCUCGGAUCAUCGAAGCGUACAGAGUCGUCGUUUGGCGAAUCUUUCCGAAGCCAAUUGGAAGAACCCACCAGUAUUUCAAGCUCGAAGAAGGGAAAUCGGAAGCUCAUUAUCCUCGGCGUCGUCUCUUUUGUCUUCCUCGUCGCUGCAGCGGCUUCCGCCGGACUCGUCGUAAUUCUCCGACCGAAAACCGCCGGAGAACGGGCACUUGGCAUCCGAGGGAAACCCAGCCAAGCCAUCUCCAAAACCUGCAGCAAGACUCGUUAUCCAGAUCUCUGUGUCAAUUCGCUCGUCGAUUUCCCAGGGGCGCUCCAAGCAGGGGAACGAGACCUCGUUCACAUCUCAGUCAACAUGACCCUGCGACGCGUCGGAAAAGCCCUCUACGAUGUGUCGGACAUUGGAAACUUACAAAUGGAUACUCUGGUUCGGUCGGCGUACGGGGAUUGCAUGGAGCUGUUGGAAGAUUCGGUGGAGCACCUCUCACGGUCUCUGGCGUCGGUGGUGCCACCGACAGAUGGAACCGGACAGACAGGAACCGUUGGAUCAACGCAAGACGUGAUGACGUGGCUUAGUGCGGCACUCACGAAUCAAGACACGUGUGUGGAAGGAUUCGAUGUUGUGAAUGGUGGGAACGUGAAGAAUCAGAUUCAAGAGAGGCUUAAGGAUCUGUCGGAACUGGUUAGCAAUUGUCUAGCCAUUUUCGCUUUUUCCGGCGACGACGGGGACUUCUCCGGUGUUCCCAUUCAGAACCGGAGGAGAUUGAUGGGAAGCGAAUUUCCGGCGGUUGAGGAAAGUCAUGGGUUCCCGGAAUGGCUGACGAGGAGAGAGAGAAGGCUUUUGCAGAUGCCGGUUGAUGUGAUGCGGGCAGACAUUGUUGUGUCCAAAGACGGAAACGGCACCUUUAAGAAGAUCUCUGAUGCCAUUAAAGCUGCUCCGGAGCAUAGCAGUCGCCGUUUUAUUAUCUACGUCAAGGCCGGAAGGUACGAAGAGAAGAACCUCAAGGUGGGGAGAAGAAAGACCAAUUUGAUGUUCAUGGGUGACGGUAAGGGCAAAACAGUCAUUACAGGAGGAAAGAGCGUCUUUGAUAAUUUUACCACGUUCCACACGGCCUCUUUCGCGGCGACGGGGGCUGGAUUUAUCGCAAGGGACAUCACCUUCGAGAACUACGCGGGACCUGAAAAGCAUCAAGCGGUGGCCCUGCGUAUUGGUGCGGAUCACUCGGUGGUGUACCGAUGUAACGUUAUAGGGUAUCAAGACACGCUAUACGUACACUCGCAGCGGCAGUUCUACAGGGAAUGCGAUGUGUACGGCACCGUGGACUUCAUAUUUGGGAACGCAGCGGUGGUGUUGCAGAACUGUAGUCUCUAUGCACGCAAGCCCAUGGACCAGCAAAAGAAUACUAUCACGGCCCAGAACCGCAAAGACCCGAACCAGAACACCGGCAUCUCCAUCCAUGAAUGUCGGAUCCUUGCCGCUCAGGAUCUGGAGUCCGUAAAGGUCACCUACCAGACUUAUCUGGGCCGUCCAUGGAAACUCUACUCGAGAACGGUUUAUAUGUUGUCUUACAUGGAGGAUCACAUCCACCCAAGAGGUUGGCUGGAAUGGAACGCCACCUUUGCCCUCGACACUCUCUACUACGGUGAAUACAUGAAUUACGGACCAGGUGGAGCCGUCGGGCAGCGGGUCGGGUGGCCCGGUUACCGGGUAAUCACCCAAGCUGCCGAGGCGGCCAAGUUCACCGUCGCCCAAUUCAUAUACGGAUCUUCUUGGUUGCCUGCUACCGGAGUGGCCUUUGUGGCUGGGCUUUCGGUUUGAUAAUUAAUUUUUAUCUUUAUCUUAUUUUCUUACCUUUUAUUUUUAUUUUAUUUUCUUGAUCAAAGAAUCAAUAG